AUGACGGAUAGGGUGCUAAUCGCAGACCAAAAGCGACCUUGUGCCUGCCCUGAAACGCAGGUGGAUUCAGGGGAUGGACUCCCUGUUUCUGCUGUGCCAGGACUGAGUCAUAAAAUCCUUUACGACUUCAUCGGACCGACUGAGAAGAGACGACACCAACCACUGAACGGCGCAUAUGAAAGUGGAGAUGAAGUGUUCUUAGUAACACACGACAGUAGAGGGUUGGUGUCCUCAUCGAUACGGGUAAAAAAUAUCGACUGUUUCGAACAACUUACGACCCAAAUCGGACGUCUGCAAAUGAGAAAAUGUGGUCCAAAGCUAGCUUUCACAAUUUUCGUCGCUUACGCUCCAACAUCAAGCUACGAAGAAGAAGAAGUCGAAGCUUUCUACAUGGACCUAGAGAAGUUCCAUACCUUGUAA